AUUCUAGGCUUUUUCAAUAUCAGUUACGAUUUACUGUUGAACUAUUGAAUUUAAAGUAUAGUGGUGGACCAACAAAAAUUCUUAAGAAAUAUCAUUCUCAAAUCCCUCAUUAUCCAAAUCUUAAGGCUUUUAAAAAUGGGGUUGAGAGAUUUAAUCAGUUAACUACAUUGGAGUAUCAAGAUUUAAUAAAAAUAAUGAUUUUUGUCCUGGAUGAAUUAAUACCUAACAGAAAUCUCAAUAAACAAUU